GACCAAACAAACCAAAUCAAAACUAUAGUCUAAAAUAAACGAAAUUAAAAUCCUCAACAAAAAUAAAAAAAAUGGAAUUAACAAAUUUAAAUCAUAAUUUUGUUGGAACACCAGUAUCGAUACGUAGUUCAUCGGUUUCAUUUGUUUAUUCCAUACGAAUCGGUAUUGUUGGUUAUGGAAAACUUGGUCAAUAUCUUGUUGAACAAUUAAUGAAUGAAGGUACAAAAUAUCGUCUUGAUUUAGCAUUCAUUUGGAAUCGUACUGCAUUGAAUGAAGAAACACGUUCAAAAAUAUUGAUACGUUGUCCAUUGGUUAAAUUUUUAAAUGCAUUAGAACAAAUCAAAGAAAUUGAUUUUGUUGAUUUGAUUGUUGAAGUUUGUCAUCCAGAUAUUGUUAAACAAUAUGCUGAACUUUUUCUUGAUAAAGCUGAUUUUUUGAUUGGCUCACCAACAGCAUUAGCUGAUCCAGAAUUUGCACAAACAUUAACAAAUAAAUUAUCAACAAGUCAACAUCGUAUGUUUGUUGCACGUGGUGCAUUAUGGGGUGCAAAUGAUAUUCAAAUGAUGGCAAGACGUAAUCGUCUUCAGAAUGUAGAGAUAACAAUAGCAUUUCAUCCACGUUCAUUACGAUUAAAUGAUGCUAAACUUUGUGAACUAAAUGAUGAUCUAAUUAAACAACAAGAAUCAAUGUUAGGUGAAGAUAAUCAACCAAAACCAUUAAUACUAUAUGAAGGACCAGCACGUGAAUUAUGUCAAAUUGCACCAAAUAAUGCUAAUACAGUUGCAACGGCUGCAUUAUUAGGUGUUGGUUUUGAUCAUACAAUCGGAAAAUUAAUUUCCGAUGCAAGUUUAUGUGAUUUUCAUCGUAUUGAAAUAAUUGUACGUGGAAAACCAACUAUUGAUGAUAAACAAUUUCGUGUAGAAUUAAAUAGACAAAGUCCAACACAUAGUGCACAUAAUGUAAGCAGUUUACAUACAUAUGAUUGUUUUUGGCAUAGUAUUUUACAUUGUACUGGUAGCUAUAUUCGUGCCAAUAAUUUAGAAAUACAAGUUUAUUGAUUUUUUUUACAACCAACAACAACAACAAAAAUUCAUUUUUUUUUCCCGAAAAUAUUAAAUUCCAAAC